AUGUCCCCCUUCCGCGCUGGGUCCGACCGGGACCAUCCUUCGCGAAAAGGUCCCUACAUCGACUACGCCAGAUUUCUCCCACUCAACACCGAUCCCGCCUCCACCCACUACAUGAACCGCGCUCAGGCUGAGCCACCGUUUCGCGAUCAAGAAGAAUCCAGGAAAAAGAUCGAUAUCAUCGAUCUAACCCUCAACUCAAGUCCCGUAUCACGAUCCUCCAUUCAUCACCAAUUGGAUGCCGAUCGUGCGCCACCCCUCAGAACCAAGGUUGAGAGUCAAGGCCCUCCGGGUUUUUCUCUGGGCCUUGCGCAUAGCCUUUCGGACCCGAGCGGCGGCUCAACCGCCGCUUCCAGCAAUGCCGCCUCAGUUCUGGAUCCUUCGCCACCGCCAGUAUCCGUUCAACCUUCGGUCUCAUCAAUCGACCUGGAGGACGGCCUAAACGGCGAGAUGCCUCGACCGCCGCGACUUGAGGCGUCGUUGAAAACGCCUCAACAGGUGACGCCGCCGUCAUCUACGCGACCCUCAAGCCAUCAGUCUCCCAAGCAAGCCGCCAUCUCCAAGAAGCAGACCCCGAAAAAGGACAUUUCUGAUGUCCGGCAAAUCAUUACCUCGCUGCGGGGUUACUCAGCCGAUAUCAGCAAUGUACAUUCGCAACUGUGCCUCUACGCUCUCAGGUCUACCAAACCUGUCGAGACGCGCGUCAAGACCGGCAUAGAUUACUUUGCUGAUGUCAAACUGGCCCCGGCUGAUGCUGAGAAAACGGGCACCACCAUGACAAUCCGGGCCAAACAACAUUUCCGUGGGAGAAAGGUGGACACUCUCAGAGCUACGCACUACCUCCCAGUGUGCGUCAAGUCCGACAAGCCUGCCGUGCCCAGGUAUCGUUUCCAUCAUACGGAAAUCAUCAAGAAUGUCUUGUCCCCCAAUUCGAUGCUAAAGUUCGUGCCCGUCAUUCGAGACCUCGACCCUGACGAGGAGCGAGAUUACAAUCUCUGGCUUGGCGAGCUGGAGAGAAUGGACAAAAGCUGUGGAUUCGAGACUCUCGGCAGCCGUGACCAGCGGGUCGCCCGGACGAUCAAAAAGGAAAGGACUGCGACGCUAUCACUAUUCUUGGACUCCUGGCUCAGAAAGAUCGCUAUCGACAACUGUAAUCGAACUACCCUGAUUCGCCACAUGGCAAGUUCAAAUUCCGAUGAUGCAAUCACGCCACAGCAAAAGACGAGUCUGGUCAACCUGCACAGCGACGACAAUAUGGCCGCAACUACGCCAAGGGCUUUGAAAGCUGCGAGGGUGUUCACGGAGGCAUUUGAUCAAGUCUUUUACCAUGACGCUCCUAAAGGAAAGGAAAUCCUCCUUCGCGACGUUCUGAAGCUUGACAAGUCCGUCGAUGAGAUUGUCGAAUCGAAGAAGACAGCAAAGGGUGGGCAAGAUGACAGCGAAAAGGUAGACUCUUUGGAGCAAUGGAUCGAAACCCACACGGUUAUGGGCUGUCUCAUAUGCUACAGCAAUUCAUGCGAGCAUGGAGACUACAGCAUUGAGAACCACAAGCGCAAUUUUUCUAUGGAUUGCAUCGGCAUGUACGGGCGAAUGUUCUCAGCAAAUCGCACGGUAUCCUCUAGUGAUCCGGUAGAGCCGCUGGAGCCUCCCCCGCCGUGCGAAAGACAGUGCUUCCAGAUCUAUGGUACCGGCAGCGCUGAAGCGCAGGGGAAGCCAUGGACCAAAGAUGAGACUCUGUUACUACGCAGCUUGUUCACGAUCUUGGAUCAUAACAAGGUCCGAGUCAAGGCUCAAUGCGCUACUGCUGAGAUUCUCAAUAGAGAUUGCCGGGACGUACAUCGCCAUCUGCAAUCUCUGGACAUCAGGCUUCCGCCCAUUGAAACGAUUGAUCAGCCGAGGGUCAAAAGCUUUCCUUGGUACGAUCGCAAGAGAAAGAUGCUCUUGGGCGACUGGCAGGCAGAGACCAACUCUCAUGAUACCAAGUUAAAUCGCGAGUGUGAUCCCGACCUUUGCGGAAGCUGCGGUGCUGUUGAGCGAGCCGAUCCUGAAAACCGGCACGACGAUGCGCUCUUCCAGACCGGUUGCCAGAAUACCGCCAUCCAACGAGGUGUCAGCAAAGCAGUCGUCCUUGGCAAGAGUCAGUUGGAAGGCUGUGGCUACGGUCUCUUCACUGCAGAAGACAUCGCACAGGACGAAUUCGUGAUUGAGUACACGGGCGAGCUCAUCGUGGCAGAUGAAGGAGUCAGAAGAGAGGCACGCCGCGGCGAGGCUUUCUCUGUAGAGAAGAGCACAUCAUAUGUGUUCAGUCUCUUAGAUUACGAAGGCAUCUGGGUCGACGCUGCUAUCUACGGCAAUCUCAGUCGCUACAUCAACCAUGCCGUAGAAAAUGCUAACGUUCAGCCCGGCAUUCUCUACGUAAAUGGCGAAUACCGUAUCCGAUUUUCGGCAACUCGCAACAUCAAGGCUGGAGAGGAGCUUUUCUUCAACUACGGCGAAAACUUUCCUAAUCUUACUAAGAAGAUGAUCAAGGAGAAGGCUGACAUUGAAGGAGACGCAGAGUCUGGACCAGAAGAAGGAGUAAUACCGGUCAAACGUGGUCGAGGCGGACGCCGAAAGACAGUCAAUGGCACGCAGAAAUCAGCUGCCCAGAAACUCGCCACGGCGAAAAUCGCGAAGAGCGUUCGUACAGGAGCUCGGAAAGAGGCGCCACAGGUGACGAUAGACGAUUACGAAGCUUUAGCCGACGUUGACACGGCACCGAGUGCAAGCCGGAAGCGCAAGCGCGUCGCGAAGAGCGAUGAUGAGGAUGAGGACUUUCAUCCGUCCUUAGAAUCAGAAGAGAAUGCUGAAGGGCGAGCCAAGGGGAAGCGGCCAGCCGUAUCUCGUCGCCGAAGCGGAAUACAACGCGUCAGAUCAAUGGGUUCUAUCAUACCCUCAGACUCGGAAGCAGAUGGUUCCCAGCGAGCAACCCCUCGUAAGCGUGGACGGGCACGUCCCAAUAGUUCUCACGGUGUUAGCAAUUCUCAAACAACUGCAAAGACUUCGGCAAACCCCGAGAAAUCAGCAGUUGAUACGCCGCCUCCGAAAAAGAGGCGCGGACGCCCGCCGAAGAAUCCUCGUCCGCCGAGCCCAGCCGUGGAAAAGCCACAAGAGGUGGAGCACGUUGAAAAUGAGAUUCGCGCCAGUCCGCUUCUCACCCGGAACCCUGAGGCAGAGGGUGGCACGAUCUCGGUUGACUUGAGCCAGCCUUCGAGGUCUGCACGGGGCCGCAAGUUUACAACGUCUGCUCUCAGUCAGUCUGUUGAGGAUCCUAUGGACGUGGACGAAGCUGAGGCGGAGAUCGACGCGACUCCUUCGCGGUCUAGAGGUCGAAGGAGGGCUGAGGGCAAUUCGAUCACAGCUCGUGGGGCAUCUCGGGGUGGCCGCACAUCUGUGUCAAGAGCGCGUCGCUUGCCUACCGAAUCGGAUGCUAUCGUGGACUCGGAUGAAGAACCCCUCACUCUCACUCCAUCAUCCCGGAGGAAGCGGAUGCAAAAAAGGGUCUUUGGACCUUUGGAGGUGAACGACAGCGAGUCCAGCUUUAAGAUGCCUGGCGUUGGUUCAGACUCCGAUGAUGAUGACGACGACGACGAUGACGACAUUGUUGGUCUCAAACGCACUUCUAGGCAAAGGAAACUUCCAGCUCGAUUCCGUUCAUCCGACGAAGAGUCUUGA